AUGCGUCUGUCUGUUCUUCUCGCCCUUCUCCCCGCCGUCCUUGCGGCCCCCUCUAAGCGCAAUGAGCCUGCUGCUCUCACAAUGGCUGCCUUUGAUGGCAUUGCAGAUCAAUACAUUGUCCGUUUCAAGGAUGGAAGUGCUCUGUCAGCGAUGGACAGCGCCAUGGGCAUGCUCAAAGAUGAGCCUAUUGCCAAGUAUGGUGCUCUAAUCCAGGGCUUUGCCGCCAAGAUGGACGCCGACACACUGGACCUCAUCCGCAACCACCCUGAUGUUGACUUCAUUGAGCAAGAUGCCAUGGCCAGGGCAACGGUUCUCCCUGAAUCCAUGAACCAAGACCCUUCUGGCCAGGAAAUUGUCACCCAGAGUGGUGCUACAUGGGGCAUUGCGCGCCUGUCUUCCAAGGAGCCUGGUGCCAAAGACUACAAGUAUGACUCCAGUGCUGGAGAAGGCACUUGCUCAUACAUUCUCGACACCGGCAUUGACGGUAGCCACGCCGACUUUGACGGUCGCGCAAAGAUUGUCAAGAACUUCACUAACAGCCCUGAUGGCGACAAGCACGGUCACGGCACUCACUGUGCUGGCACAGUAGGCAGCAAGACAUACGGCGUUGCCAAGAAGACUCAGCUGUUCGGUAUCAAGGUCCUCGGUGACAACGGCAGUGGUUCGUGGUCCGGUAUCAUCUCGGGUAUCGAGUACGUCGCCAGCGACUCCAAGAACCAGAAGUGCCCCAAGGGCGUCAUGACCAACUUCUCGCUCGGCGGGCCCAAGCAGAAGUCUGUCGACGAUGCCAUCACUGCUCUCUCCAAGGAGGGUAUCUUUGUUGCGGUAGCGGCCGGCAACGAUAACAAGGACGCAGCCAACUAUUCUCCUGCUGGUGCUGAUGACAUCUGCACUGUCGGUUCGACAGAUUCUUCUGACGGAAAGUCGAGCUUCUCAAACUGGGGUUCUACCCUCGAAAUCUUUGCUCCUGGUAGUGGCAUUACCUCUACCAAGUCUGGUGGUGGUAGCACCCAGAUGUCUGGCACAUCUAUGGCGGCCCCCCACAUUGCCGGCCUCGCUGCCUAUUUCGCUGCCAAGGAUGGUGGUAAGGGCCAGGAACUCUGCAAGAAGAUCCAGUCGGCUGCGCUCAAGGACAAGAUCAAGGACCCCCGUAGCGGCUCUCCUAACCUUCUCGCCUUCAACGCCGUCGAAUAA